AUGCUCUUCCCCACCAUCCUCGCUUUCGCUGUCGCAGCCCUCGCCGCUCCCGUCGUCGAGGAGCGCCAGGUCGGCCUCUGCGCUUCCGGCACUCCCGUCUGCUGCGCGACUGAUAUCCUGAACCUCGCCAACUUGGACUGCGCUCCCCCGCCAACCACCCCCAGCAACGUCAACACCUUCAUCUCCACCUGCGCCGACAAGGGCCAGCAGGCUAAGUGCUGCCUCGUCCCCAUCCUCGGACAGGCUCUCAUCUGCUCCAACGUCAACCCCACUGCGCCCGCACCCGCG